GCUGCUGAUAUACUUGGACCCUGCCAAUUCUUAUCAGUUGAGCACUGCCAUCGAACCUCAGCAAAACUGAACAACAUCCUCGGCAUUCCCAUCAUUUCCUGUACUCAACGGCACCAGCUGCAGCUCGAGCGUGGCUGACUGAAAAACAUCAACAUGUACGCCGAUCGUAUGCUCACGAAAUGGCUUCAGGACCUCAAGCCGCGGGCUGCUGCCAUGAAGGAUCAACCGGUUUUCUAUCGCAACCUCGAACAAGCCAUGGACAUUUCCCGCGCAGACCGCAGCCUCAUCGUCGCCAGGCCUCGCUGGGACGACUCCGUUCUCGACUUCACUUCGAGUGACUUCUUGUCCUUCAGCCGCUCUGGCCGCAUCCGCGAAGCGUUCCUCGAGGAGUUGGGUCGCCAUGAGGAGUUCCGGCUCAGCGCAUCGGGCUCGCGGGUCCAGUACGGCAAUUACGACUACCUCAUCCAGGUUGAGCAGGAGAUUGCAGAUUUCCACGGGGCGGAAGCAGCGUACAUUGCGCAUUCGGGCUUUAUGGCUAACGCUGGGACGGUGGCAGCCGUGCCUUUGCCCGGCGAUGCGAUAGUCUAUGAUGAUGCCGUUCAUGCCAGCACUCAUGAGGGCUUGAAGCUGUCGCUGGCUUCCCAUCAGCUGUCCUUCCGACACAACGACCCAGACGCUCUGCAUGAGGUUCUAAGUUCGCUAAAGAAGUCACAUAAGGCCUUUGAGUUGGGGACCUCCUCGAUCCUAAUCGCGGUCGAGUCCGUCUACAGCAUGGAUGGGGACAUUUGCCCGCUCGAGGAAAUGGUCCAGGUGGCAAAAGAGGUCUUCCCCCUUGGCAACGCUCAAUUCAUCGUUGAUGAAGCUCAUAGUAAUGGUGUGAUUGGACCAAGGGGAGCAGGCCUCGUAAACAUGUUGGGGUUAGAGAAGGAGAUAGCUAUUCGCAUUCACAUGUGCAGUAAAGCCUUGGGAUCGACUGGAGGCGUUAUACUAUGCAACAAGACCGUUCGGGCCCGGUUGAUUAGCAACGCACGUUUUGCCAUCUACAGCGGCGCACCAUCGUUUCCAAUGGUGGCGUCCAUGCGCGCUGGGUACCGUUUAUUGGAGAAUGGCGAGGCCGAAAAGGGGAUGGAAAAGAUCCAGACCAGUGUUAGGCACUUUCUUAAAACCAUCACCGCCCAUCCCGUAUGGGAUGAAGCCGUGGACGAGGGAAUCCUCAACAUACCCCUCGCCGAGGACUAUGAAAGUAACGAGCACCUCACUCACAUCGUGCCGGUAUUGACACGUCCGAAACACGAGGUGUACCUCUUCUUCCAUCUGAUCAUCAACAACAUCAACGCCUAUCCUAUAUCUUUCCCUGUCGUUCCCAAGGGGAAAAGCCGUGUACGGCUGGUCUUUCAUGCCCACAAUAGCCUGGACCAAGCGGAGACGUUGGCAAACGUUAUUUGCGAGUGGGCUCAAGAGAUGUUGGACAUUGAGGCUGGUAAGACGGAUAAUGUCAUGCCGAGUGCAGCACGCAAGGUGUAUGCUAUGAAGACUUGAGAGAU